CGAGAAGGGGGCGUGGCAAUCGAAGCGCUGGCCAGGGCGCGCAUGCGCUUUCCUGUCCCCCUGGCUCCAGAAGCCUUUUUCUUUCCGCGGGAGCGGCAUGGGACGCGCCUGCCCGCAGCCCGGAGCGCAGGUGAGCGGAGAGCGCAUGCGCGCCCUCUCUAGGGACCAGGAAGAGGGGCAGUGACCCCCACUUCUUCUCUUGGGGGGGUCUGGGUUGGGGGGCAGGAGGAGCAAUUGCUGGGUUUCUCCCUUCUUUGCAGCCCUGGGGCUCUUUUGGAUGGAAAUUUGGGAGAAAAGCAGGAGGGGGGUGUUUUAUGGGUGCAGAAUUGCUUGUUUAUUUGCUUAUUUAUUGCAUUUAGAAGAAGGCAGCCCUGUUUUAGGGAAGCUUUUAAUAUUAAAUUUUGCAUUUUAAUAUAUAUAUUUCAAAUAAUAUAUAUUAUUUUCAGUAAACAAAUAUAGUAAAGAAAGAAAAGAUUAACAAUAAUAAAGGCAAACAAAAAAGAAAAGAAGAAGAAAGAUACAUACAACAUAUUACCACUUAAUUAAUUAAAAUUAAGUACCAUCCAUCUUCAUAAACAUAUUUGACUUCCUUGAAUCUCUUCCAUCUGAAUUUCUUAGUAAUUAUAUGUAGCAGUUUCCAAUAUCGGGGUUUCAAAAGACCAUAUCAUAGUCCUAAUCAUAUUACAUAACUUUCCUUAUCGUACGUUUUCUUAUUUAUAAAUUUAAUUCCCUUUUACUCCUAGGCCUAAUUGUUUCUUUCAAGCGAUAACAUAUCUUUAAUAUUACAAUAUUUAUUCAAGUAGUCUUUAAAUUUCUUCCAGUCUUCUUGAUGUUCCUCUUCUUUCUGGUCGCGGAUUCUCCCGGUGAGAUCAGCCAGCUCCAUAAAUUCCAUCAUCUUGCAUUUUAAUAUUUUUGCUGGAAGCCGCCCAGUGUGGCUGGGGAAACCCAACCAAAUGGUUGGGGCAUAAAUUAUUAUUAUUGUUAUUAUUAUUAUUUAUAUCUGCCACCUUUUCCUGCCAGGAGCUCAAGAGGGCAUGCAUGGCAUUGCUCAUUGAUAACACUGAGCUUUCGAAACACAACGUUUUUAAACCAAUCACUGCAAAGUUUUGCACCAGCAAGCAGCAUUAAUUUUCUUGAGAUUGCGUGCCUACUCUUAUCCUAGAAUUGUUUUAGCACAACGGCGCUGGGUGCUGCUGCCUGUCAGGUGCCUGGGACGAGUCCAGGCAGAGCUUGGCCCCCCCAUCUGGAGAGGGGGCAGUGGUCAAACAGACCACUUUGAACGCAGAAGGCCCCAGAUUCAAAUUCUGGCCUCUCCUGGUUUGCAGAAAUGUUUGGAGAGCCGCUCCUGGUCUGUGUGGAUAAAUGCUGAAUUAGAUAAUAAUUAUAAUAAUAAUAAGGGACCCGGGUGGCGCUGUGGGUUAAACCACAGAGCCUAGGACUUGCUGAUCAGAAGGUCGGCGGUUCGAAUCCCCGCGAUGGGGUGAGCUCCCGUUGCUCGGUCCCUGCUCCUGCCAACCUAGCAGUUCGAAAGCACGUCAAAGUGCAAGUAGAUAAAUAGGUACUGCUCCAGCGGGAAGGUAAAUAGCGUUUCCGUGCGCUGCUUUGGUUCGCCAGAAGCGGCUCAGUCAUGCUGGCCACAUGACGCGGAAGCUGUACGCCGGCUCCCUCGGCCAAUAAAGCGAGAUGAGCGCCGCAACCCCAGAGUCGGCCACGACUGGACCUAAUGGUCAGGGGUCCCUUUACCUUAUAAUGAUAAUAAAAAAUAAUUUUAUUUAUACUCCGCCCUCCCCAGCCAAGACUGGGCUCAGGGCAGCUAACAACCAAUAAUAAAAACAAGUUGAUUAAAAUACAACUUAAAAAACAAGAUUAAAAUACAACAUUAAAACAUAGACCCAGAUAAAAGAUAGACCCAGAGUUUGGCAUUGGCGACGUCCGAAGCAAGAGGUUUCUCAGUCCCAGUGCAGAAGACCUUGGAGCUACUGAUCAGCCCGUGGCAUGAGAUUGCAUCUCUGUGGGAUCCCCUGGUACCCAAGAAAAUUCCUGGGGUUGGACUAGAUGACCCUCAGGGUCCCCUUCCAAAACUACAAUUCUUUGAUUCUAUGAAAAGGAGAAUUGUGGACUUUAAUGUGUCUCAACUUGAGCUGCCUACAGUCCUCCCUCCACUGGGCUCUUUUUGAGACUACAAUUCCCAUCAUCCCUGACCACUGGUCCUGUUAGCUAGGGAUGAUGGGAGUUGUAGUCCCAAAACAUCUGGAGGGCCGAGUUUGCCUCUGCCUGGUUAAGAGGGAGGAAAACUUUGUCCACUUUCUCUGUGAUUAUUCCCUCGGGAUUACUUCUUGGGAGGUUUUUAAGAGGUUGGAUGGCCAUCUGUCAUGGAUGAUUUAGUUGAGAUUCCUGCAUCGCAGAGGGUGGGACUAGAUGCCCUUCAGGAGCCCUUCCAACUCGACAAUUAUCUGCUUCUGUGUGUCAAGGCGUAAUUUUAUGGGGAAGAGGGAAGGGUGUGGAUUAUCUUGCCCAAACUUGCCCAGUGUCCCAAUGUGAUUAAUGCAAGCAAAUCUCUGUAGGAGUUCCUACAUCUCUGUGUGUGUUUCUUUGUGGCUGAUUAGCUGCUCUCCCUGUGCAAAGGUCAGAGGGGGCAGGGUUUCUGUUGAGGCAGGUGAUUAGCUGUGGGAGGAGCUUAUCAGAGCUUGCAGGGCAGCGGCGCGCGCCUAGCGGCGUGCGCAGUUUGAGCCAUCUUUUAGAUUUACGGGAGCUAGUCUCAAGCAUUUGUUGGGGGAGACCUAGGUUUUUUUUUUGGGGGGAGUUAUUUGUCCUGUCUUCACGCUUUUUUUGAUGGAGGACCGCUGUAGCCACCCCCAACGACACGUUCUCAAGAUGGAGGGGGAGGGAACAGCUGCAGUCGCCUGCGGUUCCUGCGCAAUGUUUGCCAUCUUGCCAAAGGUUGCAGGCAGCUUUACCUGCAGCAAUUGCAUGUUGAUUGCCCUCUUAAAAGACAAAGUCCAGCAACUGGAGGAACGUGUAGCUACGCUCCAAAGAAUUAGGGAGCUGGAGCUUUUCUUGGAAGCAACAGAGCACAACGUCUCCACCAAGGAGGAGACAGGGGACUCCCUGACAAGGAGGCUAGUACACCAACACAGGAGCCAGAUAUAUGGAGAAACGUGACUCAAAGAAGUAGGAGGCCCAGGGUUCGCUCUGAUUGUUUAGAAAUACACAAUCGCUUUGAGGUCCUCUCCCCUAGCAUGGAAGACGAAGAGCAGACUCGAUUUGAGGAUCUCUCCCUCAUUACAGUCGAUCAGGUAUAUGAAGACGAGCAGCAAAGUCAGUCCUCAGGGAAUGUGCAGGCGACCUUGGAACGGACAGCUCACGGAAGAACCCCGACCAAACCUAAGAGGAGGCGUGUAGUGGUGAUAGGGGAUUCCCUACUGAGGGGAACAGAAGCAGUGAUCUGUGGGCCUGACAAGAUGUCUCGGGAAGUGUGCUGUCUCCCGGGGCUAAGAUCCAAGAUGUAACUGAACGACUGCAAGGAAUCAUAAAACCCACUGACAAAUACCCCUUCCUCUUGGUUCAUGUGGGAACCAAUGACACUGCAAGCAAUAGCCUCCAGAAGAUCAAAAGAGACUACGAGGCUCUGGGCAGGAAGUUGAAGCAAUUAAAUGCACAAAUUGUCAUCUCAUCUGUCCUCCCAGUUGAACGACGUGGCCCAGGGAGAGAGGGAAAAUAGUGGAAGUGAACAGCUGGCUUCGCAAAUGGUGUAAACAGGAACGGUUUGGAUUCUUAGAUCACGGACUGCAGUUUCUUGAAGAUGGACUUCUGGCAAGCGAUGGGCUGCACCUCACAACGGUUGGGAGGAAUGUUUUUGCCAAAAAUCUCAGAAACCUCAUCAGGAGGGCUUUAAACUGACUAAUGUGGGUGAGGGAGACAGUGCUCCUGAAGGUAGGAGUCUAUCAAUUGAUGAAGAUCAUCUUCCAAAUUUCAUAGUCCAAAUGGAGCAAUCAGCAAGCAGACUUAGUGGUGGGAGGAAAAAUCCUUAAAUAAGAGACACGGGGAAUGAUUAAUGGACUUCAAUGUCUGUACACUAAUGCACAAAGCAUGGGAAAUAAACAAGAUGAGCUUGAGCUCUUGGUACAGCAAACUAAAUAUGACAUAAUAGGCAUCACUGAAACCUGGUGGGAUAAGUCCCACGAUUGGAAUGUAAUAAUGGGGGGAUACAAUCUAUUUCAGAGAAACAGACCAGACAAGAAAGGAGGAGGUGUGGCGUUAUAUGUCAGGGAUGUGUAUACCUGUGAAGAGAUCCAAGAUUUAGAACCUCAAAGCCAAAGUGAGAGCAUUUGGGUCAAAAUUAAGGGAGAGAAGAAUAACAGUGACCUCAUUGUGGGAGUUUACUAUAGAUCCCCAAGCCAAACGGAGGACAUAGAUGAUGCCUUCCUGGAACAGAUGGCUAAGCAUGCAAAAGGAAGGGAGAUAGUAGUAAUGGGGGACUUCAAUUACCCGGAUAUUUGUUGGAUGUCAAACUCAGCCAAGAGCAUAAGGUCAAACAGAUUCCUCACUGGCCUUGCAGACAACUUCAUUGUCCAGAAAGUGGGAGAAGCAACAAGAGGAACAGCCAUUUUAGAUCUGGUCCUAACCAAUGUUGAUGACCUGGUUAGUGGGGUAGAAGUGGAAGGAUCAUUAGGCGCGAGUGAUCAUGCUCUUCUGAAGUUUACUAUACAGCGGAAAGGAGCAGCCAAGCAUACUAGGACUCAAUUUCUUGACUUUAAGAAAGCCGACUUCAUAAAACUUAGGGAAGUGCUGGGUGAGAUCCCAUGGACAGUAAUACUAAAAGGAAAGGGAGUUCAUGAUGGCUGGGAGUUUGCUAAGAGGGAGAUACUAAAAGCACAAUGUCAGGCAAUACCAAUGAGACGGAAACAUGGAAGGUGCCUAAAGAAGCCAGGGUGGCUAUCUAAAGAACUUUUAACUGAGUUAAGAUUAAAAAAGGAUGUGUACAAAAAAAUGGAAAAGGGGGGAAACCACCAAAGAGGAAUUCAAACAAAUAGCCAGCACGUGUAGACACAAAGUCAGAAAAGCUAGAGAGGUUAAAAGCAACAAAAAAGGCUUUUAUGGGUAUGUUCGUAGCAAAAGGAAGAACAAAGAAACAGUGGGGUCACUCAGAGGAGAAGAUGGUGAAAUGCAAACAGGGGACACAGAAAGGGCUGAACUCCUCAAUGCCUUCUUUGCCUCAGUCUUCUCCGAUAAAGAAAACAAUGCCCGACCUGAAGAAUUUGGAGCAAAUGAUUCAGCAAAGGAAACACAGCCCAGAAUAACUAAGGAGAUAGUACAAGAAUACUUGGCUAGUUUAGAUGUAUUCAAGUCUCCAGGGCCAGAUGAACUGCAUCCAAGAGUAUUAAAAGAACUGGCAGAUGUGAUCUCAGAACCACUGGCAGUCAUCUUUGAGAAUUCCUGGAGAACAGGCGAAGUCCCGGCAGACUGGAGGAGGGCAAAUGUUGUCCCUAUUUUCAAAAAGGGGAAAAGAGAGGACCCAAAUAAUUACCGCCCAGUCAGUCUGACAUCAAUACCAGGGAAGAUUCUGGAGCAGAUCAUUAAGCAAACAGUCUGUGAGCACCUAGAAAGGAAUGCUGUGAUCACCAAUAGUCAGCAUGGAUUUCUGAAAAAUAAGUCAUGUCAGACUAACCUGAUCUCGUUUUUGACAGAAUUACAAGCCUGGUAGAUGAAGGGAACGCAGUGGAUGUAGCCUACCUUGAUUUCAGCAAGGCAUUUGACAAGGUGCCCCAUGAUAUUCUUGUAAAGAAGCUGGUAAAAUGCGGUCUUGACUAUGCUACCACUCAGUGGAUUUGUAACUGGCUGACUGGACCGAACCCAAAGGGUGCUCAUCAAUGGUUCCUCUUCAUCCUGGAGAAGAGUGACUAGUGGGGUGCCACAGGGUUCUGUCUUGGGCCCGGUCUUAUUCAACAUCUUUAUCAACGACUUGGAUGAUGGACUCAAGGGCAUCCUGAUCAAAUUUGCAGAUGACACCAAACUGGGAGGUGUGGCUAACACCCCAGAGGACAGGAUCACACUUCAAAACGACCUUGACAGAUUAGAGAACUGGGCCAAAACAAACAAGAUGAAUUUUAACAGGGAGAAAUGUAAAGUAUUGCACUUGGGCAAAAAAAUGAGAGGCACAAAUACAAGAUGGGUGACACCUGGCUUGAGAGCAGUACAUGUGAAAAGGAUCUAGGAGUCUUGGUUGACCACAAACUUGACAUGAGCCAACAGUGUGAUGCGGCAGCUAAAAAGCCAAUGCAAUUCUGGGCUGCAUCAAUAGGAGUAUAGCAUCUAGAUCAAGGGAAGUAAUAGUGCCACUGUAUUCUGCUCUGGUCAGACCUCACCUGGAGUACUGUGUCCAGUUCUGGGCACCACAGUUCAAGAAGGACACUGACAAACUGGAACGUGUCCAGAGGAGGGCAACCAAAAUGGUCAAAGGCCUGGAAACGAUGCCUUAUGAGGAACGGCUAAGGGAGCUGGGCAUGUUUAGCCUGGAGAAGAGGAGGUUAAGGGGUGAUAUGAUAGCCAUGUUCAAAUAUAUAAAGGAUGUCACAUAGAGGAGGGAGAAAGGUUGUUUUCUGCUGCUCCAGAGAAGCGGACACGGAGCAAUGGAUCCAAACUACAAGAAAGAAGAUUCCACCUAAACAUUAGGAAGAACUUCCUGACAGUAAGAGCUGUUCGACAGUGGAAUUUGCUGCCAAGGAGUGUGGUGGAGUCUCCUCCUUUGGAGGUCUUUAAGCAGAGGCUUGACAACCAUAUGUCAGGAGUGCUCUGAUGGUGUUUCCUGCUUGGCAGGGGGUUGGACUCGAUGGCCCUUGUGGUCUCUUCCAACUCUAUGAUUCUAUGAUUCUAUGAUUCUCCAUUUUUUAAAUCUCUCUCUUUUGCUGAUGGAUGGUCCCUUUUUCAUAGGGGGCUGGCAGGCUCACGAAGGCACCCUUUUGAUAAAUGUGUGCAUAAGAAAAGGAGGGGACAUUUUAUCAUAUGUGGUGGGAUUGUAAGGUAGUUAAUUUUUUUUGGGAAAUGAUAUGUAACGAAUGGAAGAAAAUGUUCCAUUUAACAUUUGUUAAAAAACUGAAGCAUUUUUAUUAGGGAUUGUAGGGAAAGAUCUGCCUAAAAAGCUGAAUAACAUCUUCAUGUAUGCGACAACGGCCGCAAGAGUUUUAAUAGCACAAGGAUGGAAGACUGAAGAAACCCCAACUAAAGAAUCAUGGCAAGAAAAAUUGAUGGACUGUGCAGAACUGGCAAAACUGACAUACAAGCUACGGGACAAGGAUAACUGUGACUUUAAUGAUGAAUGGGAACCCUUUACAAAGUAUUUGAAGACGCAAUAAAGCGAACUGGACUCCUUGGCUGGCUUUGAAUAAACAUUCACAAACUUUUUAUUGAUAAUUGUUACUGAAAUAGUUUGAGGAUCUAUACAACUGUGUAACAUGCAGAAAACAGCAUUUUUAGAGAAAUCAAAGACUGGAACUGAGGGAAGUCGGGGGGUGAGGGUGGGUGGUUUCUGGGGGGGGGAGGAAAAAAGGGGGAAAUAAGGAUGAUGUGUUUCUGGAUAAUAUGUUCUGUUUAAUUUUGAAUAAAAAAGUAAUAAUAAUAAAAAAGAUAAAUGUGUGCAUGCGCGGUUUUCGAACUCUGAACCUUGGAGUGCGGAGCAAAGUCCAACAAUGUGGUAAUAGGACUGCACUGUUUUCUCGCUCUCUUCCCCCGUGUAAACACUGCAUUUCUCUUCUUUCUCUUCCCAGAAUGAGAGAGUGGUGGCUUCAGGUGGGGCUUCUAACCGUGCCCCUCAUUGCUGUCUACCUGCACAUCCCGCCCCCCAAGUUAUCGCCGGCUCUGCAGUCAUGGAGGUCGUCGGGAAGCUAUUUCACCUUCCAGAACCAGAAUAUCUUCUACAGAGGUUUCCUCUCCUGUGUUUUGCGUCCUUGUUUCUGAAAUGCCUGGCCGAGUUUUCUGCGAAACGCUCAGUGCGGCUUGCAGUAAAGACGGCCUUGAAAAUAGCCGUGAGGUUGUUCUGCGAUUGCUAAAAAAAGAGAGACAGACAGACACAAUCAUUGACCUAAAAUCGGCCGUUUUUAAAAGUGGCCGGCAUUCAGUGAGAAACCUUCAGACUGUGCUAACGAAAAGGGAAGCAAGGAAGGUAGAUAUCUAGCUAGCAGGUUUAUUGAUCGGUGCAAAGAUUUGCAUUGCACAAUAUUGGAAAAAUAGAACCCUGCCUCCGUUAACGGGGGACGGACGGACCGUUAAUUGAUCAGUAAUAAGGAUCAUAUGCAAUCCAUGGGAAGGGAAAUUUAUAGAAAGAUGGAACUGGGAAAAGGUUGUGAAAGGCUACUUGGCCGUGAUUCCUGCUUGCCAUAACAAUGUGCUUUUUGCUGGUUAAUAAGAGUUAAAACUUAAGUGGCAUUUUAUUUUUGUCGUUAGAUUUAUUGCUCGCUUUUUUGGUGUGUGUGGCCACAAUCAACCCAAAAUGACUUACACACACACACACACACAUUAAAACCAGAAAAGAAAAGAAGAUGUUUAAAAAUCCCACCUCCUCUAAAACGUCCAAGAUCAUUAAAAGCCUAAGGCUUGAUAGUUUUUACCUGGUGCCUGAAGAUCUAUGUAUUAGGUUUAUAAACUGGCCUCCAAGUUUAAAAAGUUGUACAGCGGAGGCUUGGGUUGCGAACGUGAUCCGUCCGUUGCAUGUUUGCAACCCACAGUGUUCACACCCCGCGUCUGCGCACGCUUGGGUUGCAAUUUGGCACUUCUGCGCAUGUGCAAAGCGUGAUUUAGCGCUUCUGCGCAUGCGCAGCCGCGAAAACCGUCCUGGUACUUCCGGGUUUUGGCGGUCCGUAACCUGAAAAAACUCAACCUGAAGCGGCUGUAACCCAAGGUAUGACUGUAGAUGGUUUUAACAGCCAAAGGCCUGGUUGAAGAGGAAAGUUUUUGCCUAGUGCCUAAAGAUACAUAGUGAAGGUGCUGGGCGAGUCUCCCUGGGGAGAGCAUUCCACAAAUGGGGAGCCACCACAGAAAGGGCCCUGUUUUUGUGUUGCCGCCCUCAUGGAGGAGGCUCAUGAAGGAGGGCCUCAGAUGAUCACAGAGUCCAGGACAGUCCUUGAUAGACAAUGAUGGCACCCAGGAGAACCUCCCUGGAGAGAAAGUGCUUUUGGGAUUGAAUUCUGACAAGACAGAAGUACUGUUUUUGGGGGACGGGGGGCAGGCAGGUGUGGGGGACUCCCUGGUCCUGAACGGGGUAACUGUGCCCCUGAAGGACCAGGUGCGCAGCCUGGGAGUCAUUCUGGACUCACAGCUGUCCAUGGAGGCACAGGUCAGUUCUGUGUCCAGGGCAGCUGUCUACCAGUUCCAUCUGGUAUGCAGAAUGAGACCCUCCCUGCCUGCGGACUGCCUUGCCAGAGUGGUGCAUGCUCUGGUUAUCUCCCGCUUGGACUACUGCAAUGCGCUCUCCAUCGGGCUACCUUUGAAGGUGACCCGGAAACUACAAUUAAUCCAGAAUGCAGCAGCUAGACUGGUGACUGGGAGCAGCCGCCGAGACCAUAUAACACCGGUCUUGAAAGAUCUACAUUGGUCCCAGUACGUUUCUGAGCACAAUUCAAAGUGUUGGUGCUGACCUUUAAAGCCCUAAACGGCCUUGGUCCAGUAUACCUGAAGGAGCGUCUCCACCCCCGUCGUUCAGCCCGGACACUGAGGUCCAGUGCUGAAGGCCUUCUAGUGGUUCCCUCGCUGCGAGAAGCCAAGUUACAGGGAACCAGGCAGAGAGCCUUCUCAGUGGUGGCACCCGCCCUGUGGAACGCCCUCCCACCAGAUGUCAAAGAGAAGAACAACUACCAGACUUUUAGAAGACAUCUGAAGGCAGCCCUGUUCAGGUGCCAUAACGGAUGUUCUGUUCUCUGCAGACGCCUCGGGUGCCGUUGGCAGUUCGGACAUUGUGGUCCUCCUGCAUGGCUUUCCAACCUCCAGCUACGACUGGUGCAAGGUGAGGCAGGCCCUGAGGGGCGUUGAAAUUUUGGAGACCGGUUAUAAAGGGAGCUCCCUGUUAAGAGAGAGAGAGAGAUACCUCCUGAUUUUCUUUUUUUAAAUAAUGUUGUUGUUGUUUAGUCGUUUAGUCGUGCCCGACUUCGUGACCCCAUGGACCAGAGCCCACCAGGCCCUUCUGUCUUCCACUGCCUCCCGCAGUUUAGUCAAACUCAUGCUGGUAGCUUGGAGAACACUGUCCCACCAUCUGGUCCUCUGUCGUCCCCUUCUCCUUGUGCCCUCCAUCUUUCCCAACAUCAGGGUCUUUUCCAGGGAGUCUUCUCUUCUCCUGAGGUGGCCAAAGUCUUGGAGCCUCAGCUUCAGGAUCUGUCCUUCCAGUGAGCACUCAGGGCUGAUUUCCUUCAGAAUGGAGAGGUCUGAUCUUCUUGCAGUCCAUGGGGCUCUCCAGAGUCUCCUCCAGCACCAGAAUUCAAAAGCAUCCAUUCUUUGGCGAUCAGCCUUCUUUAUGGUUCCGCUCUCAUUUCCAUACAUCACUACUGGGAAAACCAUAGCUUUUACUAUACAGACCUUUGUUGGCAAGGUGAUGUCUCUACUUUUUAAGAUGCUGUCUAGGUUUUUAAAUAAUAUUUUUAGGUUUUUUUCUAGGUUUUUAAAUAAUAUUUUUUAUCAAUUUUACAUAUAAUCACAAUAUGUAACCUCGUAUCCUCUUACUAAAUCUCUCGGCUCAGCUGAGCCUAAACGACUUCCCUCCCUCCCGCUGAAUGGUUUCCGAAAUUAAAUUUUGCAUUUUUGCAUUUCACUUCCUCUCCCAUUGUUGUUAUAUUAUUACUUAAAAUAUUAAAUUACUCCACCUGCACAGGUAACUAAUUAAUCUCACAAAUCUUCAGAUAACCCUGCUAAUGAUGUUAAUUGCUUACAGUUGUCUUUCAAAUAUAGUAUAAAUUUGUUCCAGUCUUUUUUUGGAAUGCUUGAUCUCGCUGGUUCCGGAUUCUUCCCGUCAGUUUUGCCAGCUCUGCAGAGACGCCUCCUGAUUUUCAGCUUUUCUUUUUAAAAUUUUUUUAUCAGACACAACGUAUUUAAUUAGAUAAUUGCCAAUAACCAGGGGAAAAAAAUCUAAACAUCAGGGCCAAUCUAUACAUGCUAAAUGUAUAGGUUUUGUUUGUUUGUUUGUUUGUGGCUGUGUACACCUUACCAGCUUAAAAUGUAAGAUGCUUAUUCUUUUUCUCAAUUCGGAUUGAAGCUGGUUUUGUGGGGGAAAUCCAUCAAAACACAGCAUUUCAUAAGAAAUGGCAGGAUAGAGACAAGAUAGAUACGGAUUAUGGCUAACCUCAUGUGCACACAGCUUCCCAGUCUCUCGCCAGCUAUUUUUUUUUUAGGAAUUUCAACAUAACAAUUUAUCAAAAAUACACACACACACCCAUUUUCCCCUCCUGAUUUUCACCUUUUCUGUCCCCUGCUGCAGAUUUGGGAAGGGCUGACGCAGCGAUUUAACCGAGUAAUCGCCCUGGAUUUUGUGGGGUUUGGCUUCAGCGACAAACCGGUAAGCAAUCUCGACGCAAGGGCUUCCGAUAGGUGAAUGGGACGACCAGCCCGUCAGUCGUGCGACACAAUAAGGAUGUUCUGUGUCCCCCCCCCCAAAAAAAAACCUGUUCACCAUCCCUGAGGGUUAAGCAUUAUCUGCUUGUAAUAUCAGGGGUCAGCAAAGUUUUUCAGCAGGGGCCGGUCCACUGUCCCUCAGACAUUUGUGGGGGGGGGGGGGGCGGAAUAUAUUUUGAAAAAUAAUAAUGAACAAAUUCCUAUGCCCCACAAAUAACCCAGAGAUGCAUUUUAAAUAAAAGCACACAUUCUACUCAUGUAAAAACAUGCUGCUUCCCGGACCGUCCGUGGGUCGGAUUGAGAAGGUGAUUGGGCUGGAUCCGGCCCCCGGGCCUUGGUUUGCCUACCCAUGGCUUGUAUGAAUGGAGAGGUGUGUCUGCCUGCCUGCAGCUGGGCUCUCCGUUUACAGUCAUACCUCGGGUUACAAACUUUUCAGGUUGCGUUUUUUUGGGGUAAAGGUAAAGGGACCCCUGACCAUUAGGUCCAGUCAUGGCCGACUCUGGGGUUGCGGCGCUCAUCUCGCUUUAUUGGCCGAGGGAGCUGGCGUACGGCUUCCGGGUCAUGUGGCCAGCAGGACUAAGCCGCUUCUGGUGAACCAGAGCAGCACACGGAAACGCCGUUGACCUUCCCGCCGGAGUGGUACCUAUUUAUCUACUUGCACUUUGACGUGCUUUCGAACUGCUAGGUUGGCAGGAGCAGGGACCGAGCAACGGGAACUCACCCCAUCGUGGGGAUUCGAACCGCCGACCUUCUGAUCAGCAGGCCCUAGGCUCUGUGGUUUAACCCACAGCGCCAGAGUGCUGAAACCCGGAAGUACCGGAAUGGGUUACCUCCGGUUUUCGGCGGUUGCGCAUGCGCAGAAGUGCUAGAUCACGCUUUGCACAUGCGCAGAAGCGCUGAAUCGCAACCUGUGUGUGCGCAGACGCGCCACUGCGGGUUGCGAAUGUGCAUCCCGCACGGAUCACGUUCGCAACCCGAGCGUCCGCUGUACUUCCCAAACAGAGGCCGCAUCAGUACUCCAUCUUUGAGCAAGCCAGCAUCGUGGAAGGGCUUCUGGAACACUUGGGCCUUUUGAACCAGCGGGUCAACCUCCUCUCGCAUGACUACGGGGACACCGUUGCGCAGGAGCUUCUCCACAGGUGAGUGGAAGCCGCAACGCUUCUACGUUUUCACCGGCGCCCUUUAACAGCUUGCUUCGUUAUUUCCUUGCAUUCACCGUAUUUUUGCUCUAUAAGACGCACCCGACCAUAAGACGCACCUAGUUUUAGAGGAGAACAAGAAAAAAAAUAUUCUCUCCCUCUCUGCGCAGUGCCCCUUCAGCGAACCAGCAGGAGAAACGGAGCCCCUUCCAUUUCUCCUCCCGCUUCGCUAAAGGGGCGCUGCGCAGAGAGGGGAAGCUGCGCAGCGCCUCUCCAGCGAAGCAAAGUUAAAACAGCAAGAUGGAUCGCUGCGCACCGAUCCCUCUCGCUCUCCUGGCUUCAGCGAUAGCUGCGCAGCCUGCAUUCGCUCCAUAAGACGCACACACAUUUCCCCUUACUUUUUAGGAGGGAAGAAGUGAGUUAUAGAGCGAAAAAUACGGUAUAUGGCUGCCCUUUGAGGCUCCCCGAGCCGCUUUCAGAAUUCAUUUCUACCCCAGAGUGGAUAGACUGGUUCCCUCCAUCUGCCGACGGGCAAAUACCUUCCUAGGAAACUUGCGCUCAGGCGUGGUUCUGACCGCUGGGCCGCCACCAGGGCAAACUCUUAAUUGCUGGUUCUGAAUGUGUUUGGAUGUAUUAUAAUUACUGUUUCUAACGAGUUUGUUUUCGUAUUUUGUGUCGUCAUUCUUAAAUGCCACGAGCCGCCUUGGAAUUCCUGGGGAGAAAGGUGUGGCAUAAAGACGUUAACUUUUCAUAACAUUAACUUUUCUCUUCACCCACCCAGUUUUAUUUUUAUUUAAUUUUUUAUCCGUUUUUCUUUUUCCUUCAUUACACACAUCUCAAAUCCUUAACAUUUACUAUAUAUUCCUCCCUCCCUCCCCUCCUAGGCUUCCCCCAACUUCCAUUUCUGGUUUGUUUCUAUUUUCACCCAUUUUGCUAUCUCUCAACAGAAAAAGUUAUUAAUAACAUAGCAUUAAGCCCCAAAACAUAAAAGUAACAGUAAUUACACCAUCAUAUUUCACUAUCUUCUAAACAUUUAAAGCAGAUUAUAUUUGCAGAAAUCUGAAGCAUGUUAUAUUUGCAGAAACAAAGAAAUGCCAAUAGACUUGAUGGCAGGAUUUAAAUAAACAUUCACAUUAUUAGCAUUAGAAAAUGAACCCACACAGUUUUAGCGGUCUUCCCUGCACCCGUCUGAUGUAGCUGUUUGCAAAGAAGAGGCUUGUGGUUUGGGGUGGAGUUGUCGGCGACGUUGGAACCUGCCCCCAGGUGCAGAGAUCAGCCCACUAUUUACAGCCCACUAUUGAGGUUGAAUCCUGACAAGACAGAAGUACUGCUCUUGGGAGACAGGAGGCGGGCAGGUGUGGAGAACUCCCUGGCCCUGAAUGGGGCAACUGUGCCCCUGAGGGACCAGGUAUGCAGCCUGGGAGUCAUUUGGGACACACAUCUGUCCAUGGAGGCACAGGUCAGUUCUGUGUCCAGGGCAGCUGUCUACCAGCUCCAUCUGGUACGCAGGAUGAGACCCUCCCUGCCCGCAGACUGUCUUGCCAGAGUGGUGCAUGCUCUAGUUAUCUCCCGCUUGGACUACUGCAAUGCGCUCUACGUGGGGCUAUCUUUGAAGGUGACCUGGAAACUACAAUUAAUCCAGAAUGCGGCAGCUAGACUGGUGACUGGGAGCGGCCUCCAAGACCACAUAACACCGGUCCUGAAAGACCUGCAUUGGCUCCCAGUACGUUUCCUAGCACAAUUCAAAGUGUUGGUGCUGACCGUUAAAGCUCUAAACGCCCUCAGCCCAGUAUACCUGAAGGAGCGUCUCCACCUCCAUCAUUCAGCCUGGACACUGAGAUCCAGCGCCGAGGGCCUUUUGGCGGUUCCCUCAUUGCGAGAAGUGAGGUUACAGGGAACCAGGCAGAGGGCCUUCUCGGUAGUGGCCCCCGCCCUGUGGAAUGCCCUCCCUUCGGAUGUGAAGGAAAUAAAGACAACUGAAGGCAGCCCUGUCUAGGGAAGUUUUUAAUAUUUAAUGCUGUAUUGUUUUUAACACUCGAUUGGGAGCCGCCCAGAGUGGUUGGGGAAACUCAGCCAGAUGGGUGGGGUAUAAAUAAUAAAUUAUUAUUAUUAUUAUUAUUAUUAGUAGUAGUAGUAGUAAGCUGUUCCUACAGAGGCAUCUGUGAAAUAAUACCUUUGAGGGCUUGCCUGAAAGUGUCUUGUUACUUAUUGCAUUCUAGUCCACCUUUUUCUCCAGUCAGUCCUCACAACAACCUUGUGAGGUUAGGCUGAGAGGUGGUGACUGCCCCAAGGCCACCCAGUGAGCAGAGGUUUGAACCCCAGGCCCUAGUCCAGCGCUCUAACCAUUGCACCGCACUGUCACAAGAAGAGGUGUGGCUCUGCCCUGACUCCGCUCCGCCUUAGCCUCUUCUUUGUCCUCAGGUAUGAGCACAAUACGACGGGAAGUGUCCUCAUCAACAGCCUGUGCCUGUCAAAUGGAGGUAAGGCUUUCAUUGCAAAGAACGUCCUCCAUAUUCUUAUUGUGAUUACAGUACCCUGGUUCUCAAACGCCUUGGCACUCAAACAACUUAGAACCCAAACAUUGCAAACCCGGAAGUACCGUAUGUUUCGCUCCAUAAGACGCACCUGACCAUAAGACACACCUAGUUUUUAGAGGAGGAAAACAAGAAAAAAAAUAUUUUGAACGAAACAGUGGAUGUAUGAUUUUUGUGGUUCAUGCUGUGGCCACAGACAUGUGAUUUGACCGUGAGUUUGGGGUAGCCCAAUGCAAAAAUCCUGAGGAUCCAUGUGGAUCCGUGCUUUGUAACCAGGUUUUUGUGCCACGCAACAGUGGGUGUGUGAUUUUUUUGGUGCAGUCUGUAGCCAUGGACAUGCUAUGUCAUCUGAUGGUGAAUUUGGGGUGACCCAAUGCAAAAAUCCUGAGGAUCCAUGAGCUUUUACCUCCCCCCUUCCAGGCAGCCUCCUUUAUUGCUAGCGUCCCUUAUCUCGUUCCCGAUCGGCAAACGAUCAGCGGCUUCGUUUCAACACCCCCUUUCCUCUUUCUAAAAAAAAAAAAAGCACGAUCUGCUUUUUGCCCCUGGGCAAUUCGGCUCCAGGGACCACGCAUACGCUCCAUAAGACGCACAGACAUUUCCCCUUACAGUGGUGCCCCGCAAGACGAAUGCCUUGCAAGACGGAAAACCCGCUAGACAAAAGGGUUUUCCGUUUUGGAGGUGCUUCGCAAAACGAAUUUCCUAUGUGCUUGCUUCGCAAGACGAAAAUGUCUUGCGAGUUCCUGCGGGGUUUUUUUCCUUUCCCCCCCCUUUUUCCCAAGCCGCUAAACCGCUUAUCAGCUGAUCGGCUAAGCCGCUUAACAGCUGAUCGCUAAGCUGCUUAUCAGCUGAUCCGCUAAGCCGCUAAUACUGUAGCGCUAAUCCGCUAAACCGCUAAUGGGCUUGCUUCGCAAGACGAAAAAACCCGCAAGACGAAGAGACUCGCGGAACGGAUUCUUUUCGUCUUGCGAGGCACCACUGUACUUUUUUUGUAAUGGUGCAAAAAAUACGGUAAGUGUUCCGGUUUAUGAACUGUUUUCGGAAGCUGAACGUGCUCCGUUUUGUGUGUUACGCUGAGGUCUGUCUGUUUUUGCUAUUUAUUUUGCAUUUUUGUGGCUCGUUUUGUGUGGAACCCAGUUCAGCUCCUGACGGAUUGAUUGUGUGACUGCAGUACAUCGUUUGUUGCUUUCAUUUUAUGGAUUAAUGGUCUUGUUAGAUAGUAAAGUCCAUGUUAAAUUGCUGUUUUAGGGGGUUGAUUUUAAAUGUUUGGAACGGAUUAAUCCGUUUUGCAUUACUUUCUAUGGGGAAGUGCGCCUUGGUUUUGGAACGCUUUGGUUUUGGAACGGACUUCCAGAACGGAUUAAGUUUGAGAACCAAGGUACUACUUGAAGCCUUGGGCUUGAGUUUCUGCUGAGAUCCUAAAUGUGACCAGCAGUAGGUUUGUGGGUAAAAGUUGCUUUCAUGGCAUAAAGAAUUUGUGCAUAAGAAGAGGUUGCUGGAUCAAGCCCAAUGGCCCAUCUGGUCCAGCCUCCAACCGGAUGUCAGGGGGAAACUUUAUAAAACAAAAUGCCUUACAAAGAAAGGAGAGUGAUAAGGAGAAAAUGGGACUGCUGGACGAAAUAAAGAAAAAGGAAAAUGAAUUGAUUCAACAACCAAAUAAUGAAAAAAUUAAAAAGGAAAUUAGGCUAUUACAGGUAGAAUAUACAUUGAAAAUAGAACAAGUGUAAACUAAAGGAUGGAGAAUUCGUUCACAUGUGGUGGACAUGAUAUAUAACAAAAUGAAAAAUCUCUUUAAAUAUACCUUCCCAAAGAAACCAGAGGCUUUUUUACUAGGGAUAAUAGGAGAUGAAUUAAGAAAAGAAGAUUGUAAAUUAUUCUUGUACGCCACGACUGCCGCCAGGAUUCUUGUGGCCCAAAAAUGGAAAACCCAGGAGAUUCCAAACUGUAAUGGAGUAGCAGACGAAAUUGUUUGAAUAUAUAGAAUUGGCGAAAAUGCCUUAGAUAAUUCAAUACCAAAAAGUAACAAAGUUUGAAGAGGAGUGGAGUAAAUUUGUUGUGUAGAUACAGAAUAACUGUAGAAGUCUAAAAACUGCAGCAGGGCUAAUAUAAAUCUUGUGAUGUGGAUAGAGUGUAAAUAGGAAUCUGUGAGAGAGAAUGUAAAUUAUGAAAACCGAAGCAGGAAUGAAAGGAAGUCCGGGUGCGAAAGUGCGCAGGGUAAAUAAGAAGAUACAAAAAUGUUGAAUGUAAAAAAUUAUGUUUUAUUUAAUUUUGGUUUGUUUUUGAAAAUCAAUAAAAAGCAUUAUAAAAAAAAAAGAAAAUAGAACAAGAAUUUGAGUGCGAGAGCGACUCUCCCCUCCUGUUUCCUGCAGGUAUUUUCCCAGAAACUCACCACCCCAGAUUAAUCCAAACGGUAAGCACCUUUGCUCUUGCAGAAAAACACCGAGCUUCUAUGAAUAGAAUUGUUCCAUUAUUUACUUAUUACAUUUCUAUACUCCCCUUCAUUUUUUUAAAAAAUAAUUUUUAUUGAAUGAUUUUAUGUUACAAAAAAACAAUACAGCCAUACUACCACUAAAUAUAAUUAAGAAAAUAUAAUUAAGAAAUAAAAAUUGCAUACAUCGAUACUUAGUUUGUUAUUUGUUAUUUACCGUCUUAUUUCCUCCCAAACAUUGCAUACAACACACAUAUGUGCAGACACCCGCACACCCGCACACAAAAUGAUAAUAAUGAAAGUAAAUAUUUUUCUUCAACUUUGACUUCCUGUCAAGUCCCUUUGCAUAUGUUUUAUCUUACAUUUGAAUGUACACAAAACAAUAAACCUUUCUAUAUAAUUUUUCUAAUACAUUCUGAAAACAUAAUAAAUCCUUAAUUGUUAUCCACCUCCUUUUAGUUCCUUUAUCACUCGAAUGCUAGCAUGGAGUCAAAACUAUUAUUAUAUUUUUUGAGUCUCCAAAAAUAACAGAUUGGCAAAUCAAAUUACAGGAAUUGGUGGAAACGGCUCAAUUGACUAGUAAACUCAGAGGAAACUCAAAGCAAAAAUUUCCAGAACAAUGGGAUGGUUCUAUACUCCCCUUCAUGCGAGGAUCACGGGGCGGUUCACAAUAUAAGAGCACAAAAAUACACACCGUACCAACAAACAAACAAUAAUAAUAAUAAUAAAUUUUAUUUAUAUCCCGCCCUCCCCAGCUGAAGCCAGGCUCAGGGCGGCUAACAACAAAAUCAAUUCUGCCCCCCAUUUGGAAAGGCCAUAGAUUUAAUUUGCCAAAGGCCUAGUUAAAGUGGAACGUUUCUGUCCAGAGCCUAAAGAUGUAUAAUGAAGGCGCCAGUUAAACCUCCCUGGGUAGAGUGUUCCAGAAACAUUAUCAUUAUUUACUAAACUUAAUUAAGUUCAUUUAAUUAACCAAGGGCCUGGGAGGAGAGGGAUAUUUUUGCCUGGCACCUAAAGAUAUGCAAUGAAGGCUCCAGGCGAGCCUCCAUGGGGAGAGCCAAUUCCACAAAUGGGGAGCCACCACAGAAAAGGCCCCGUUCUUGUGUUCCUGCCCUCUGGACUUCAUGGAGGGUGCAUAUAAUAAUGAUGAUAAUAAUAAUAAUAAUAAUUUCUUAUUUAUACCUUGCCCAUCUGGCUGGGACCUGAAGGAGGACCUCAGAUGAUGAGCUCAGAGUCUGUCUCAGUUUAUAUGGGAAGAGGCGGUCCUUGCGGUAUUGCGGUCCUGAGCCGUUUAAGGCUUUAUAGGCCAAAACCAGAACUAUUGAAUUGGGCCCAGAAACUUAAUUUGCAGCCAGCGAAACUGUGCUUUCUGGGGCUGUUGGAUUUGUAGUCCUCAACCAAUUAAACAGUGAUUGAUUUUUCCUUUUCCUUUAAAGAUUCUCAAAGAUGGCGGCCUGCUUUCACCCAUCAUCACCCGGUUAUCAAAUUACUUCUUCUUUGCCAGAGGGUGAGUUGGUAUUCUGAAUCUUUGAAUUCAUAUAUAUAUAUAGUUUUUUAACAUAGCAUUUUCAUCAAUUAUUAAACAUACUUUUAUAGCUUAAACAAUUUUUUCCGACUUCCAUCAAUCAUAUCUGAAAAUUUUCCAAUCUUUUCACUUAAUUUACAUUUCUUACUUUCACUAUUACUUAAAUAAUGUCUCUCUUCUUUCUCUUCUUUGCAAUAUUUCAUAUAUUUCUCCUUGCAAAACUUCUUGUAGUCCUACUAGCGUAAUUUGUUGAUUAUAGUUGCUCUUCAAAUAGUUUGUAUAUUUCUUCCAAUCUUCUGUAAACGUCUGGCCCCACAGGUUUCGAAUCCUUCCUGUCAUUUUAUCCAAUUCUGCCUAGUCCAUUCAUUUUGUCUGCCAUUCUUCUUUCGUCGGAAUCCUUGAAUUCUUGCCCUUUGAGAACAGGAGGUCUCAAAUGCUAUUAUUCCUUAUGAGAAGAGGGAAAGAGAACGUACUUGUUUUUCAAAGGAUGCUGUACGGUUUUGGAAACCUGGAGGGUGUUUAGUGCAAUCUAAAUUUGAGCAGAUUUUCUUCCUUGAUAGUCCACCCCCUUCUUCUUUCAAAUCUUCCAGACUUGCAACUGUCUUCGGCCCAUAUACCCAGCCUUCAGACGCUGAAUACUGGGACAUGUGGACAGCCGUCCGAACAAACGACGGCAACCUUGUGAUUGACAGGUAAGGCCACCAUGGAAAAAACAGAACGAUAGUGGACACCGGGUUGCUUUUGGGGUCUGCUGUGGAACCAGGCAAUCUGUAAGCGAGGAGUGGACAUUAUAGUCCAUGAAUCAGCUGCGGUCUCUGAAAUAGGGCCGGUUUAUUUUUUAUUUAGGGACGCGGGUGGCGCUGUGGGUUAAACCAGAGCCUAGGACUUGCCGAUCAGAAGGUCGGCGGUUCGAAUCCCCGCGACGGGGUGAGCUCCCGUUGCUCGGUCCCUGCUCCUGCCAACCUAGCAGUUCGAAAGCACGUCAAAGUGCAAGUAGAUAAAUAGGUACCACUCUGGCGGGAAGGUAAAUGGCGUUUCCGUGCGCUGCUCUGGUUCGCCAGAAGCGGCUUAGUCCUACUGGCCACAUGACCCAGAAGCUGUACGCCGGCUCCUUCGGCCAAUAAAGCGAGAUGAGCGCCACAACCCCAGAGUCGGACACAACUGGACCUAAUGGUCAGGGGUCCCUUUACCUUUUUACUAUUUUUUAUUUCAGUUUUUAACAAAUUACCAUAUUCUACAUUAAGAGAGAGACAGUGCGCAAAGGGGUGUGAAAAGAAGGGAGAUGUAAAAGUAAAGCUUGAUUGUGCAAAUACUCGCCUUCUUGACCGCUGGACCCACGAUUAGUCUCGUCCACAUGAAGGGGAACUCCUAACACUGGAGAUAGAUUUCGAGAGUAUUUCAAAACCGCCCGUCGCCUGCAGAGAUGAGGCAUUUAUGCUGCUCUGUCGUUAGAUAUUCCUGCAUUAUGAGGCAGUAUGUUCUGUAGAGCCAUCCUUAUGCCAGACAAUUGUGAUAUAUCGGUAUAUCGCUUGUAGGUUUCGGGAGGAAAAAGCUCUUCCUUUGCAGCUAACAGCUCACUCUUACCCAGAGGUUAAGUCCCAGCGAGUUGACUUUGGAAGUUGCAGGCUUAGGUCUGUGGUUGCCAAACUUGGCCCUCCAGCUGUUUUUGGACUACAACUCCCAUCAUCCCUAGCUAACAGGGAUGAUGGGAAUUGUAGUCCCAAAACAGCUGGAGGACCAAGUUAGGGAAGCUUUUAAUGUUUAAUAGGUUAUUGUAUUUUAGCGUUUUGUUGGAAGCCGCCUAGAGUGGCUGGGGAAACCCAGCCAGAUGGGCGGGGUGUAAAUAAUAAAUUAUUAUUAUUAUUAUUAUGGCCACCGCUGCCUUAGGUCACCAUUUGCCAACCUGGUGCCUCCAGAGGUUUUGGACUACAUCCCCUGUGGGCACCAGGUUGGCAAAGAGCUUUUUGUUAAGGCGCUUGGGAGACCGAGAGAAUUUAACACUUGCCGCGCCGGCGGUGGGGCUCAAUAUUGCCCCUUGCAAUCGACGUGGAGCCCUGUUUACCUUGGGGAAAGCAGGAUCCAUUCUUCCUGGUGCAAUUAAAGCAUCCUGAGUCUCAUGUUUACCUGGCAGAGAAUCAGCUUCCUCGAUCUUCCUUUCAGGGCCUCGCAGGAGGUUAUCCUGUUUCAGCGCCUGGGCUCCUGCUUUGUGUUGGAUGAGCAAGCUUGCUGGGUUAGUGUUACCGUCACCUGAAUCAACCUGGAGCGUUGAGCUCAAGGUUCGGGUGAAGAGCCUGCUGCCAGCUGAGGAGUUUUCCCAAGUCCCGCCACCCCUGAAAUACGGGGCACCCCCCAGCAUAGUUGCCCAGGAUGCUCACUUAGCCUGCUCCAAAGCUGCGCAUGCUGGACGCUCCAAGAUCACUGCUCCUUGCUGGGAUUUCUGUUGGCAGCUCUGCAUUCAAGGGAAAAGUCUUAGCUUGGUGUGCUUUGCUUGCAGGGUUCAGUACAGUGGUGCCUCGCAAGACGAAAAGAAUCCGUUCUGCGAGUCUCUUCGUCUUGCGGGUUUUUUCGUCUUGCGAAGCAAGCCCAUUAGCUGUUUAGCGGAUUAGUGCUACAGUAUUAGCGGCUUAGCGGGCUUAGUGGAUCAUCUGAUAAGCGGCUUAACGAUAAACUGAUAAGCGGCUUAACGAUCAGCUGAUAAGCGGCUUAACGAUAAGCUGAUAAGCGGCUUAACGAUCAGCUGAUAAGCGGCUUAACGAUAAGCUGAUAAGCGGCUUAACGAUCAGCUGAUAAGCGGCUUAGCAUCAGCUGUUAAGCGGCUUAGCCAUCAGCUGAUAAGCGGUUUAGCGGCUUGGGAAAAAGGGGGGGGGGAAAGGGAAAAAACCCCGCAGGAACUCGCAAGACAUUUUCGUCUUGCGAAGCAAGCACAUAGGAAAUUCGUUUUGCGAAGCACCUCCAAAACGGAAAACCCUUUCGUCUAGCGGGUUUUCCGUCUUGCGAGGCAUUCGUCUUGCGGGGCACCACUGUAUCUGGUACCUUCAUGUCAGGUUGGAUGCCUGAGACUGGGGGAAGCCAAUCAUCUAAACCAGGGGUCAGCAAACGUUUUCCACAGGGGGCCAGCCCACUGCCCCUCAGACCUUGUGGGGGGGGUGGACUAUACAGUGGACGCUCGGGUUGCGGUACCUAUUUAUCUACUUGCACUUUGAGGUACUUUCGAACUGCUAGGUUGGCAGGAGCAGGGACCGAGCAACGGGAGCUCACCCCGUCGCGGGGAUUCGAACCGCUGACCUUCCGAUCGGCAAGUCCUAGGCUCUGUGGUUUAGACCACAGCGCCACCCGCGUCCCUAAAUCUGAGUGUUCGUACCCUGCAAAACACCCAUUUAAUAAAAUAUUAAAAGUUUUUAAUAUUUGAUGCUGUAUUGUUUUUAACACUUGAUUGGAAGCCGCCCAGAGUGGCUGGGGAGACUCAGCCAGAUGGGGCGGGGUAUAAAUAAUAAAUUAUUAUUAUUAUUAUUAUUAUUAUUAUUAUUAUUUAUUGUCUUUAUUCACUUGUAUAAGGUGAGAUUAUGCCUAGGGCUGGGCGAUACCUGGUUUUCAGCAUUGCAAUAUAUCACCAGCUAAGCAAUAUACCGAUAUAUCAUGAUAUCUGGCAUAAGGAUGGUUCCACGGUUUUUCCUGCAACGUGAUGAUUGCUGGCACCUUCUCUUGGGAUUUGUUCCCCCAAGAGCUGAGCAGGCAGAGUUUACAGGGAUUGCAGGAAUUGAGAGAAGCCUUGGCUGGCUUCACGGGUUCCCCCACACUGUGAUCACGGAUAUGGACUCCAAACUGGUUUUGGACGAUAUAUCGCCCAGCUCUAAUUAUGACGUAGCCUUAUGGAACCUCAGCUGAAAACUGCCUGGUUUUGGGGCUCAUCACAGAGAUGGCUCUGUCUUAGAAAAGUGCUUUACACAAAGCCAGGCUGUUCAGCUCAGUAUUCGCAGCACUGACAAAACCUUUAGGAUUUCGAUGAGGCAUUUCCCCCCAGCCCUAAGUGGAGAUCCCUUUGGGGACUGAACCAGGGAGGUGCUCAACUAGAGUUUCAGACCUUCCCCCAAACGGACAGCGGCUGCCUCUGAGCCACCUGAGGCUCUUGCCAAGUGCUUGGAAUCGGUCUCCACGGAUGAAUUUUGUUCUUCAGCCUUUUGCAGUACAUCAACCAACGGAAAAAGCACAGGAACCGCUGGGUAGGAGCUCUGCAAUCCACGUCUGUUCCCCGUGAGUAGGAAACAGCAAAGGCUGCAAUUGUGUCUUGGGCUGUACGGAAGAGCCAAGAUUAAUUCUCCUGCUUUUGGGUUGGUGGGGUGGCCUGUGUCCUGGAAGUUGACAAAGAUGCUGUUCUUCCUCUCUUGCAGUACAUCUGAUUUAUGGGCCUCUGGACCCGGUGAAUCCACACCCAGAGUUCCUUCAGCUCUACAAGUAAGCUUAUUGUGAGGGGCCACAGUUGUACCAUGUAAUGCCCUGGGGCUAUUUCAUCAAGCUAUUGGUCUGAAACAAAACGAAGCCUUUGAGCACUAGUGAGGAUUUCCAAAUACAUACUGGAGGUUGCUGCCUUUUCUCAACAAGGCCCUCUUUACAUUUUAACCAGGACAUAAGGCAGAAGUUCAACACGUGCAUCUUCCCCCUGCAUUGCCUGCUGGGAAAAGCAGCCUCUGUUGAAUGCCUGCCUGCCUGUUAAGAACGUAGCUUGUUUGUUUGAUUUGCUUUUUUAAUAUUUCUAUGCCUCUUCACUCAAAUGAAUCCCUGCUUACAGUGGUCUCCUAAGUAAAUUAUAAAUUUCCCCCAUUCUUUUCUAAAGUUUUUGUCCUCUUGGUUCCUGAGCUUCCCAGUCAGCUUUGCCAUUUUAGCGUAGCCCAACACCUUUGCCAUUCCUUCCUGGCAGGGACUCUUCUUUCCAUUUCUGGGCUAAUAGCAUCCGUGCAGCUUUUGUCGCAUACAUAAAAAGUCUUUUCUGCUCCUUUGGAAUGUCGGUACCUACAAUUUCUAAUAAAAAAACCUGCUUUUUUAAAACAAAUUUCUAAUAAAAAAACCUGCUUUUUUUAAACAAAAAAAUGCUGUUUUAAACAUUUUUUUCAGUUCAUAAUAUAUCAUCUCCCAGAAAGCUUUUAUUACCUUACACGGCCACCACAUAUGAUAAACGGUACCUUCUUUCUCUUUACAUUUCCAGCAGGUAUUUGUACUUUGUUCUAUACAUUUUUGAUAACUCGUCAAAAAAAGAAAACACUUUUUAAACCCGGCUUGACAUCCUAGGAAGCUGCCUUAUACGGAUCAGGAGAGAAGCUUAAUUCCGCUUUCUUCCUUUGUUCCCUGUAGCAGUUGCGGGGUGUUCUAAAGAGCUCUUUCUUGCUACUUCCCCCACAGGCAAGUGCUCCCUAUGUCGACGGUUUCUGUGCUAGACGACCACAUCAGCCACUACCCCCAGCUGGAGGACCCUCUCGGCUUCCUGAAUUCCUACCUGAACUUCAUCAACUCCUUCUGAGCCGUGGGCAGGAAGAGCGGGAGAGCCGAUUCUCCGCUCUCAAGAGGCGUUCUUUCGUUCAAGAGGGCUAAAUCGUGGGCUCUCUGCCUCCGUACAAAGAGCAGGAAACCAGUUUCUCCCUUGGUGACGGAAGCAAUAAGACUCCUGGGCUAGUCACUGGUGGCUGGCAUGGAGAGACAUGGAGAUUUCCUUGUACGCUUAGCUGCUGGUCCUUCCUCUGUGUUGUUGCUUAAGGAGAGAAGGAAUGGGGCCGAGGGGCUAGACUGAGCCAUACAAACAGGUGCAUAAUUUCUCUGCAUCCGUGUCUUCUUUUGAAGAUGACCGGGAUGUUCGCUGGGUUCUGGAAGGGGGAGAGGUCCUGUUUCUUGCACGGCUUGUUUACUUCCCUGCUGGGAGGCGGGCAGAGAGGAAGGGUGGACUGAAUCGUGCCUACGGUCACAGCCACGCCAUGCAUCUAAAGCACAUGACUUCCUCCCAAGUAUUCUGGGAACUGUAGUUCACCCCUUGCAGAGAUGUUCACAUCGCCCUUAAACUAUGGUGUGGUGAUCACACAGUUGUUAAAAGUGAACCAAAAAAAGGUUAUUUUACAAACAUUAACAAGUUUAUGGUUCUCAGAUAAUAUUCCUGUCAGUAUCUUAACUUUAGUUUCUUUACUGGCCUAUACCUUCUGACUGAUUCUCUCAACAGUUUGACUGACUCCUCUUAACAAAUUCUCUCCCUCUCUCACACCAGGCUAGCCCAACCCACAGACUUAUCUCCUCUGUCUCUUCUAACUCCAGACUGUCUUCUCAACCACCCUAACUCUAACUCCUCGCCCCAAAAAACUCUGUGCUUAAAACCUUAUACACAGUUAACUCUGCCCCUUGAGUUCCCAUUGGUUAGUCAUUUUACAAUUAGUUAACCCUUUCCUUGUGAACCCAGUACAGUGGUACCUCGGGUUACAUACGCUUCAGGUUACAGACUCCGCUAACCCAGAAAUAGUACCUCGGGUUAAGAACUUUGCUUCAGGAUGAGAACAGAAAUCGUGCUCCGGCAGCACAGCGGCAGCAGGAGGCUCCAUUAGCUAAAGUGGUGCUUCAGGUUAAGAACAGUUUCAGGUUAAGAACAGACCUCCAGAACGAAUUAAGUUCUUAACCCGAGGUACCACUGUAUGUCACACACCGAGGAGGGCAAACACCACAUAUGGUCCACAGUAUUCUUUGAGGUGUGAUCUUAUAUGGCUUCUUGUGAGGGAUAGUUCUACUGUUUUGUUCAUGGUCCACAGGGUGUGGGUGUGUCACAUAGGGGAUUCUGGGUUGCUCCUGGUCUACUGCCCGUGAUCCUUUCCAUGUCCAACAUGGAAAAAGACCUCUUGCUAAUAGCAGGGAAGAGGGACUCCGAGGCCUGCUUCCACCCUAUAGUCUCAAGCUUGGCAUGCGAGAUGGAUUCUUUAAGCUCCACUGGGAAAUGUUUAGGACACCGUAGGGGCCCGAUAGAUUAGGCCAAUGGCCUAUCUAGUCCGGUAUCUUCUUCUCACAGCGGCCAACCUGUGGGAAACCUGUGAGCAGCACCCGAGCAACUAUCCUUCCUGUGAUUUCCAGCAACUGGUAUUCAAACAGGUAUUCAGGACUCUCUGGUCCUGAAUGGGGUAACUGUGCCCCUGAAGGACCAGGUGCGCAGCCUGGGAGUCAUUUUGGACUCACAGCUGUCCAUGGAGGCGCAGGUCAGUUCUGUGUCCAGGGCGGCUGUCUACCAGCUCCAUCUGAUACACAGGAUGAGACCCUCCCUGCCCGCAGACUGUCUCGCCAGAGUGGUGCAUGCUCUGGUUAUCUCCUGCUUGGACUACUGCAAUGCGCUCUAUGUGGGACUACCUUUGAAGGUGACCCGGAAACUACAAUUAAUCCAGAAUGCAGCAGCUAGACUGGUGACGGGAGCAGCUGCCGAGACCACAUAACACCUGUCUUGAAAGAUCUACACUGGCUCCCAGUACGUUUCCGAGCACAAUUCAAAGUGUUGGUGCUGACCUUUAAAGCCCUAAACGGCCUCGAUCCAGUAUAUCUGAAGGAGUAUCUCCACCCCCAUCGUCCAGCCCAGACACUGAGAUCUAGCGCCGAGGGCCUUCUGGCAGUUCCCUCCCUGCGAGAAGUGAGGUUACAGGGAACCAGGCAGAGGGCCUUCUUGGUGGUGGCGCCCUAAAGAGAACAACUACCACCAGACUUUUAGAAGACAUCUGAAGGCAGCCCUCUUUAGGGAAGCUUUUAAUACUGGAUGAAUCAUUGCAUUUUAAUAUUCUGCUGGAAGCCACCCAGAGUGGCUGGGGAAGCCCAGCCAGAUGGGCGGGGUAUAAAUACUAAAUUAUUACAGUGGUGCCUCGCAAGACGAAAUUAAUCCGUUCCGCGAGAGUCUUCGUCUAGCGGUUUUUUUGUCUUGCGAAGCAACCCUAUUAACGGCUUAACGGAUUAGCGCUAUUAGCGGUUUAGCGGCUAUUAAAGGCUUAAAGGCUUAGGGGAUUAGCUGCUAAAAGGCUAUUAAAGGCUAUUAAAGGCUUAGCAGAUUAGAUAAAGGGGGGGGAAAGCGAAAAAAAAAUCUCCAGACUCGCAAGACAUUUUCGUCUUGCGAAGCAAGCCCAUAGGGGAAUUCGUCCUGCGAAGCAACUCCAAAACGGAAAACCCUUUCGUCUAGCGGUUUUUCCGUCUUGCGAGGCAUUCGUCUUGCGGGGCACCACUGUAUUAUUAUUAAAAGCAUAUCGGUGUCCAACUGAGGUGGUACAGGAGCGCCAUCCUGGCUAGGAGCCAUCGAUAUCCCUGUCCUCCAUGAAUUUGUCCAGUUCUCUUAAAGCCAUCUAGGUUGACGACUACCACCUCCAUAGUUUAACAAAUGUGCUGUGUGAAGGACUUUCCUUUUUUUCGGUUAAGUCACUGAUUAAAUGCAUGUGGGCUGACUGAAGAAGGGGUGAGGUGAAGUGCUUAGGCUUCGUCUUCAGCCUGCCUGCUCAAAGUGUGGCGGCAGCAGCCAAUUUCUAUUCAAUGCAGCGCUGGCUUGGGUAUCCUUGAUGUGCAAUCUGUGUCGAUUCUCAUGCCCACUUGGUGACCACGAAUCCUGUUUUUAGUUCAUUAAGGGGGGGGGGAAUAUUGCACAGGAAGAUACCCAAAUUAAUCAAUUUUUAAGUUUAUUUGCUAUGCAGAGUUGCCAGGCAGAAAACGGAUUGUUAAAGGAAGGCUUAGUGCUCUGAAGUUGCGAAAAAUCAAGAACUAAAGCUGCAAUCCUAACCUCACUUACCAUGUUGAAUUCAGUAGGAUUCACUUCUGAGUAGUCAUGGUUUGAUAGUGCUGUCAUCUCUUACAGAAAAGGGGGCAGAAAUUAAGUAGGGAGAGGCACAUAAAGGAUCUGGUCUGUUGCUAAUGGGCCAUCCCAAACUCUUCCACUGAUAUUUGGUGUCCGCUAGGCUCCCAUCCUCUUCCAUGGUAGAUUUGCAAAGUUGUUGCAGUAACACAGCAGCUGAAAGAAACAGCUUUUCAAACCCAGAUGGCUUUGAACUGGCAUUUCUGCUUCAGAUGUGUUCUCCUUCUCUAAAAGGUCCAGUUGAAAGGAAAUCCAGACCGCUGGAGGCAGCUCUAGAACGUCAUUUGGAGAGCAAGUCUAGCAACUUGAACCUGGGCCAAGAGGGAGAAUUCAUUCAAAGGGCCUUAAAGGCAGAGGGUAACGCACUGAGCUUGGACGUGCCCAGUGUAGCUUCAAACCAUUGUUUACCUAUGAAACUCACCAGGAGACUCUAGAGAAGGGGUUGCCAACCUCUUCAGGCCCUGGAGCAGGUUUGAAUUUUGAAGCAAGUGACCAUGGGCACCACUGCCUGUGGUCACUUCUUGACCUCCUCCCUCUGAAAGAGGAAAUGCCUGUACAUAUUUUGGUUCUCCAGGGGUAUAAGUCAGGACUUCCGGUGCUUUCUGCCACAAUGGAGGCAUAUCCCACACUAGCGGAGACCAACUGCGGACCAUAAACAAGGACAAAUGAGGGUAAUUGUCCUUGCAACCCCCACCCCCCGGGUCGGGGGGGGGGAAGUUCCACUCGCAGAUCGUCUGAUACCUGGCUCUCGUCCCAAUACAAAGGACGGAAGGUAGGAGGCGCUGAGUGUAAAGCAAUCUGCUUAUCAGCAACCCUCCAACACAGCCAUUGUGAGCAGAGGUUCUUCUGUAUUUUUAGAAAGAAAUUGGAUCUAAUUUACAGAUGUGUGUUGGACUAAAGGGACAAGAUAUUCUGAAUAAUCAGAAUUGCUCUGCACCUUGAAAAGUACAGAGCGCUGAAAGAAAUGUCCCCUUUUCCAACUUCAUCUUUGAGCUCUGUGUACUUUAAAGGUGAAGUAAGUCAGCAGCCCAUGACCAAGGGGGCAUGAUGUGGGGCUCAGAGGCUUCAUGGAUGCCAGGGGAAGAUGGCAAAGGUACCAACUGCUCCAGGAGUGCCACGCUGGCUCCCCCUGCACUACAGCAAUGGGAAAUUAUCAAGGCAUAUAAUUUACCAUCCUGCGCACAGAACCAACCAUGUGGGAAACUAGUUAUCUACAGUGCCCUGCCAAGAAGGGAGGGGAGCUUUUUCCUUACCCACCUAGAAAUCUGUCAAGCUAUAAAAGGCAUGGCAGACGGCCAUCUGCACUUGGCCUGUCCUACAUCACAGGGUUGGUGUGAAGCUGAUAUACUGCUCUGAGCACACUGGGCAAAAGGUAGUGGGACAAGAGUAAGCCUAGUUGUCCUGCCACUCCCUUCUUUCUGGUAGUGCUGAGAUCUGAAGCAGCUCUCAAAAGGCCCUUGCAAUCCGGGGUUUACCAUCCCUUGCAAGCUGCUCUGUGAAAGGGGCACAUGAAACGCGACAGUAUUUGGCAGACAGUUACUACAGAAUGUAUUUUAUUAAACAGCACAAGUUGUGGGGGGGAAAGAUGCAACAGUGUUGGGAUAGCCCAUGUUUAUUUUCUGUUAAUAAAAGUCCAUUC